UCAAUAUCAUCCACGAAAAAAGAAGAAGAAGAAGAACAGGGUUCACAAACUCACAAUUAGCCCAAGAUCAUACUCCCGAUCUUUAUCAAGAAAAAGAAGAUGGGAGAGGUCGAUCCGGCGUUUAUACAAGACGUCGAACAUAGGCCCAAGCUCGCCGCCGCACAAGCCGAAGGCAUCCCGCUUAUUGACCUCGCUGCCCUCGCUAGCUACUCACCCUCCGAUGGCACGGUUGAUGCUUCCACCGUCGCCUUCGAAGGGCUCGUGGCAGAGAUAGGGGAGGCUUGCAGGAAGUGGGGAUUCUUCGCGGUGGUGAACCAUGGCGUGGCAGCAGAGAAGAGGGAGAGGAUAGAGCGGGAGGCGAGGAAGUUCUUCGGGCAGAGCUUGGAGGAGAAGAAGAAGGUGAGGAGGGACGAAAAGGGGGUGAUUGGGUACUACGAGACGGAGCACACCAAGAAUGUGAGGGACUGGAAGGAGGUUUUCGACUGCACCGUAAAAGAGCCAACGCUCGUCCCGGCCUCACCCAAGGAUGGUGAAGAGGCGGUCACUGAGUGGAUCAAUCAGUGGCCUGAGUACCCUCCUGGAUUAAGGAAGGCAUGCGAAGAGUACGCACAAGAAUUGGAGAAACUCGCGCACAAGCUGAUGGGACUGAUAGCUCAGAGCCUGGGUUUGCCCGCAAACAGGUUUGAAGAAUUCUACAAGGACCACACCAGCUUCAUCCGACUCAACCACUACCCGCCAUGCCCCGCACCGCACCUCGCUCUGGGCGUGGGCCGCCACAAGGACUCGGGGGCGCUCACCAUCCUGGCUCAAGACGACGUUGGAGGCCUCGAGGUGAAAAGGAAGAGUGAUGGGGAGUGGGUUCUAGUCAAGCCCAUCCCCGAUGCCUUCAUUAUCAAUGUUGGUGACAUUAUUCAGGUUUGGAGCAACGAUACUUAUGAGAGCGUCGAGCAUAGAGUGAUGGUGAACUCGAAGAAAGAGAGGUUCUCAAUUCCGUUCUUCUUCAAUCCAUCACACCAUACCAUGGUGCAGCCACUGAAGGAAUUGACCGAUGAGCACAAACCUCCAAAGUACAGGCCAUACAGCUGGGGCAAGUUCUUGGUCACCCGAAUAGGAGGCAACUUCAAGAAACUUGAUGUUGAGAACCUCCAAAUUUAUCAUUUCAGGAUAUGAGAUUCAGCAGUAGAAUGUUAUAAAUGUGACUGUGUAUUCUUAAUAGUAUCCAUUCCCCUAAAUAAAUAAUGGAGCUGACCACCACGAUUUCAAUAUAGCGCCUGUGUUGUUCGUUUU